ACUCGUUCUUUUCUCUUCAUCUUCAUUCCACAACUACUUUACAAUGUCUUGGCAGCAGUAUGUUGACAGCAACUUGGUCGGUACCGGUAAGGUCACCAAGGGUGCUAUUUAUGGCACAAACGGUUCUCUCUGGGCCUCUUCUCCUGGAUUCCAGCUUGCUGCCAACGAGAUCCAGGAAAUCAUUGCUGGUUUCAGCAACCCUGAGCCUAUUCGUGCCAGCGGUAUCCACGUUGAUGGUGUCAAAUAUUUCUCUCUCAGAGCCGAUGAGCGCUCAAUCUACGGAAAGAAGAACAACAAUGGCGUUUGUAUCGUAAAGACAACUCAGGCCAUUCUUAUUGGUCUUUAUGACAGCAACAUCCAGCCUGGAGAAUGCACAAAGAUUGUCGAAGGUUUGGCUGACUACUUGAUCUCGGUGGGCUACUAAGUCAAAGGCUUCUUAUCCUACUCCGCUCAGUUACCUCGGUUUUUAUAUCCACUAUCAAAUAUAUAAAAAUGUAUAAAAGAACUAGUGAGAGUGAGAAUGCGAUAGAAAGCUUUUGAUUAUAUUGAUGAUUAUUAUGAAGGCG